UUUCGGGGAGAUUUACUCGCGCGCACGGAUUAAUUGCCCAGAAUAAAAGAAAAGGAAUAACACAUAAACACUGGCGGGCAGUCAACUAACCAAAUCACUACUACUCCAAACCGAAAACUGAAAACCAAAAACCAAAGUUAAAACCAUUCCGAAGCCGAAAAAGUUUUUUAUCGCGAGUUUCGACCUCGACGUGAAAGUUUCCACCGCUGCUGCGUGCACUUGAUAUAUACAUAUAUGUAUAGUGUGCCAUGGCGAAUGUGAAGAUUGUGGAGUCCAAGCUGGACAUAUUUCAGGCCCCUCAAAGUCAUGCUUUGGCCCAUGCCGUGGAGUCAUCCUUCGUGGCUGAACGAGGAUCUUUGCCCUGGCAGUUUAAUCUGAUCUAUGGAGAUGUGGAUGAGAUUAGACAGAGGAGGGUGGCCAGAGGAAACUGUGCCGUUCUGGAGCAUAAUGCCCGAUUUAUAUACUAUCUGGUCACCAAGUCGAAUCUCUACGAGACCAGCACUUAUGAUGAUGUCCAGGCAGCUUUGAUCUGUAUGCGGGAACAUAUGCGCAACCACGAGAUCACAAAAGUGGCCAUGCCCCGAAUCUGCUGCGGCAAAGAUGGCCUCGAAUGGAGGCAAGUGAAGCGUCUGGUGCAGCAAACCUUCUCCCAGAGCGAGUAUCCAAUUGAGAUUCUCAUCUGUGAACACGAAGACAUGUCCAAGGAGCUGGUUGCUCCCAAGUGUCAGAUUACAGAGGCCAGGGGGAAUCUAUUCAGUGCCCCAGAGAACUACGCAUUGGUGCACUCUGUCAGCGCGGAUUUCGCCAUGUGUGCGGGAAUUAAUCUGCAGUUCCGCUGCAAAUUUGGCCAAGUUGAUGAGCUGAAGCGUCAACAUAGACACACUGGAAAUGUGGCAGUUUUGGAGCAGGAUGGUCGAUAUAUCUAUAACCUAGUGACCAAGGAGCGAAGCCAUGAGAAGUGCACUUAUACAGCUCUUUACUACGCCCUGCUGGCCAUGCGGGAACAUAUGAGAGAGCAUGGAGUUACAAAGUUAGCCAUUCCGCGACUCGGCUGCGGCAUUGAUCGUUUGGAUUGGCUGCGCGUGCGCAAUUUGCUGGAUCUGGUAUUUGCUGAGGAUAACGUGGAUAUCAUUGCAUUCUUCUACACUCCACCACAAAUGGUCAAGGACACGUUGAAUGUCGUUUGUCCCACUUGUCGGCACAUGAAGACUAUUCAUUUACCAUCGAGAUCCGUUAGCGGAUCACGGCAAUCUCUUCAUCGUGAAAAGACUCCUUUCUAAUUCCAGUUAGAAUACUGUAUAUAGCAAUCUUUGUAUGACACUCGAAAUGGUUUUGCUUGGGACUUGUGGCACCGAAUGCACCAAAUACUUAUAUAGCUGUUAAGAACAUACACCUAAGAGCUUUCAUGGCACACAAAAUGUAUAUUUUUUGGAUAUUUAUACUGUAUUAAUAAACGAAACACGCCAUUGAGAGGGUUUUAAC